AUGGCUAGCAUUGUCAGAAAAGCCGACAGCCCAGGCUAUGAUUAUUUCCGCAGACGGGACAUCUACAAUGAUCGUCAAACCAUUAAACGCGAGCGACUCAACGGCCUUACAGCUACCCAAGCCUUCGUCAAGGAGCUUGAGAGCGGAGGUAUUAGAGUCAGAACCUUGCGCGACGAAGAUGACCGCGUCUGUGCCGUCUUUUGGACUUACGACUGGUGCCGCACGAUGUGGAAGAAGUUUCCGGAGGUGCUUGGUUUGGAUAACACCUACAAGACCAACCGCUUUAGGUUACACCUAUUUCAAGCCACCGGUGUGACAGAUCAGAAGUCUCUAGCCAACUUCGCCUUUGGCCUUGUAAACGGCGAAAAGGAGCACCACUUCCAGUGGUUAUGUGACCGGCUUGACGAGCUUCGCAUCGACAUUGGGGCAGACACGCCGGAGGUGAUCAUCACAGACAAGGAACAGGCUCUCCGCGCAGCCCUCACGAACACCUUCCCAGGUGCUCAGCAGCAGCUAUGCGUAUACCACAACUUGGCCAACGUCCGGGCUAAAAUUAACGCCCUCUGGAAGGACACCGAUGGCGACGAUCACGACGACAUUCCUGUUGAGUCUGAUAAUGACGGAAACGCCCUUUCCGCUGAUCCAAGCGACAAGAACGCCGACCAGCUCCAACGAGAGCUAGAUCUUGAUGUCGCCGCCCGGGGCCGUGUACAAGACGAGGCAGAGGAUGGGCUUGCGAACCCCUCUGAUGACUACAACCGUGAGGGCAUGUUCAAAGCCUUCCAAGCCGUGGUCUAUGCCGUUGAUCACGAUACGUUCAAGGGCUCGUGGAGGUCCUUUGUCGAAACCUUCGGCUGCCAGCAAGGGCACAUCCUGCGAUAUAUCCAAAGGGAAUAUAUGCCGUGGCGCAAGCAGUGGGUAAAGUGUUACAUUGACCGCUAUCGGAACUUUGGCCAAAGGGUCAAUAGCCCUACCGAGACUGCCCAUGCAGACGUCAAGUCUCACCUGGAGACAGGCACGGGAGACCUCCUUUACCUUCACCAAGCCCUUGUUACGAUGAUUGAUAACAAGUCUCGAUCGUAUCGUCAAGAGGCCGCGAGACAGAUUCAGCGUCAGCGUAAUCAGUACCUCAAGCAGGAAUGGCUUGGCAUACUUAACCUCCAGAUCACAUAUCCGGCUAUUGACCUUAUUGCCAAGCAGUAUCGCUUUGCCCUUGCCGCUUUGCCUGAUCAGCGCGAGCCCAAACCGCUACGCCCCUGCACGGGCAACUUCGAGCACCAAUACGGCCUGCCUUGCAGCCACCGUAUCUUUGAUUGUCUCAUGAACGGCACGCCUCUGCGACGAAGCCAGAUUGCUAUGAGUUGGUGGCUCGAGAAGCCGUUGAACACUGACGAUAAGUUACUCGAUAUUCGCGACCCGGCUGUUGUGAUAAGCGCACGAGGCAAGCCGCGUCUGAAUGCCGACAACAAGAAGCUCAAGAUCCCGCGAUACCUCAAGAUCGCGGAUUACACCUCCUCCAAGUCGGGAAGUGGCGCUGACGAUACGGAUGAUGACGAUGCCGAAGCUGAGCCUGCAUAA